UGGGCACUGACUGGCGCAACUGCUGGGCUGCACUGAUGGGCACUGGUGGGUGGCACUGGUGUGCGGCACUGCUGGGCACAGGUGGGUGGCACUGCUGGGCACAGGUGUGUGUGGCACAGGUGGGUGGCACUGGUGGGCACAGGUGGGUUGCACUGCUGGGCACGGGUGGGCGGAACUGGUGGGUGGCACUGCUGGGCACCGAUCAUCAGGGCACUGAUCAUCAGUGCCCUGAUGAUCGGUGCUGAUCCCUGCUCUGACAACUGCCGGUUCUCAGCAGUACUUUCCUCACACUCUGACAGCGUGAGGAAAGUGCAGCCGAGAACCGGCAAUUGCAU